CGCUCUGGAUUCCCACGAACGCGACACGGUUUCUCAGGGCAAAUCAUGAUCCCCGAGACUAGCUCCCAGCACUAUCCCCUAACUAGUUCCCCCGAUGUCAGCCUCUCCCACAGGGCAGCGCAGCACCAGAGCUCCUGACCAUACAGCGCGCAAUUCACAGCCAACCGGAGCUCCGCGCACCCCUAAUCCGCGAAAGCCACCCGCCAAUUCGUCACCCGCGGGAACCCUAGCGCGGCCGAUCCCCUCGAUCGCCGCGGCAACCCCCGAAUUCGAGCUCAAACGGCGGCGGCGCGGGGAUCGAUCGAACAAGCUGGGUCGAGAGAGGAGCGGAAGGGAUCGCUCACCUUCCACGGUCAUCGCCAUCUCCGGCGAGGGGGCGGGCGGCGGCGCGAAAUCUCCCCGGCGAGCACCUGUUGCCGUCUCCUCCUCCUCCUCCUUUCCGCUCUCUCUGACCGACGGAGUCACGAAGCCGAGUCGUGUUAUCGAUGCGACGCUGGCUCGUGGGCCCUGUCAUGUUGGUGGGCCGGGCCCACCUGUAAGUAAUCAAGGCCUCCUUCGAUUUGGACUUCUAGGGCAUCUCCAUCUCGAGGCGGGCAGAGAGGGUUUGGGCGGCGGCGGCGGCGGAGGGAGCCAUGACGCGGCUGACGCUGGAGCAGACGGCGAGGGAGGCGGCGCCCGCCGGGUGCCUGGCCACGUUCCUCGACCUGUCCCACCGCUCCUUCUCCGACGUGUCGUGCCUGGGGAACUUCAAGAACCUGGAGCGCCUCGACCUCGGCCACAACUGCCUCGUCACGCUCGAGGGUCUGUCCUCCUGCACCAACCUGAAGUGGCUUUCGGUUAUCGAGAACAAGCUCGUGAGCCUGAAAGGUGUGGAAGUCCUCUCAAACCUGCAGGUACUGAAUGCUGGCAAAAAUAAGUUGACAAAGAUCGACGAGGUCAGAUCUUUGACAAGCCUCGGAGCGUUGAUUCUGAACGAUAACAACAUUUCUUCCAUCUGCAAGCUUGAUCCCCAUCAUCAGUUGAAUACCCUUGUUCUCUCUAAGAAUCCAAUUGUUACUAUUGGUGAUGCUUUGGUCAAUGCAAAGUCUAUCAAAAAGAUAUCCAUGUCUCACUGUCAAAUAGAGAGUAUUGGAUCUUCUCUUGCUGCAUGUGUGGAAUUGAAGGAACUUAGGCUUGCUCACAAUCAGAUCACUACAAUUCCAUCGGACUUGGCCAAAAAUACCAAACUCUUGAACCUUGACUUGGGAAAUAACUUAAUUGAGAGGGUGACAGAUUUGAAGGUCCUUUCUGAACUACGCUACUUGAGGAACCUAAAUCUGCAGGGAAAUCCUAUUGCUGAGAAAGACGGUCUAGCUAAAAAGGUCAUGAAAAUUGUGCCGACCGUACGCAUAUUCAACGCAAAGCCCAUAGAAGCCAGCUCCCAGAAUGAUAACUCUAAGAAAGUGGGUAUGCUGAACAAGGAUGAAGAUAUGCUUGCUCAUGAUCCCAAAGAUGUGAAAAAGAACGAUAAAAGGAAACGGUCAAAACAACAAGUGCAGAGCCCUGAAAAACCUGCAGCCAAAGAUACUCCUCCAGAUGUCACCAUUGCUACCCCAGUUAAAUCUGUACUACUGGAUAGUAAGAAAAAGAAAAGGGAGAAGGUAGUCCUAGAGCAUGACAAGAACAGUAAACCAAAAGGCAAGGAUGAUAAAGCUCCUUCCGAUGAUACCGACGGGAGGGCCAAGAAGGAAUCCAAGAAGAAGAAACUUGUCAACAAAGAAGAUAAAGAUGUGGAUGGAAUGGAUGACACCGAAGUGUCAUUUGCAGACUUUGUGUUUUCAAGAGAGGCUGCCUGUCCAGAGCCUGCGCUGGAGGAGAAAACCCAGGGAAUUGCUCCCGGUGGGAAAUUUGUCGGAGGCCUGGUGAUUGAUCACACCAAGAAGAGGAAGAAGUCGCAAGGGACUUUUCUUGAUGCGUCGGAUCUUAAGCUGCUUUCCUCUGUGCCUGAGGUGGGUGUGGGUGGACUGUCUGGGUGGGAUUAGUCGUAAUGCCUAGUGGGCUUGACAAGUGAUUUAUGCCUCGCCAUUAGUGUUACUAAAACCCUGCUCUAGGGUCUCAUUGCAAUGUGCCCCAUCUUCUGAAUUUCUUUCUAAAUUUCUUUGGCACCUGAAAUAUGUAACCAGACAUGAAAAUGUUGUUUGUUACAGAUCUAUGAGACUUGAGAUGGUUAGAAACA